UUCCUAAUCAAUUAUAACACUCUUUAUUUAAUUUUAUCUAGUUUUUUUAAUACUCAUGUCUAGUCUUAAAACUUCUUUUAUAUUUUAAGAUGGAUAUUGUAUCAUGGAAUGGAUCAGCUAGCUAUUUGGUGAGGCUCUCUUAAAUGAUGCUGCUGGGUGGCAGCUGAUUGCUGGGUUGGUGCGUUGGGAUCGGAUAAAUGGCCUUGGCAAAUGUGAUCAGCACUGUGUCCUACAAAAUCGCAAAGGAAGAGCCUGGAUGCAUGCAUAUGCAUAUGCACAUGCGCUAGCUCUCUUUUCAGCAAUGGGCACCGGGAUUUUGUACGGUGAGUUCUUCCUCCUACCAAUUGCUCACAAGCCAUAGCCAUAGUUGUGCAAUGCUUUCUGUUUGGCAACCUAAAUUGACUAAGGAGUAGUACACAUAACCUUUGGGUGUUUCAAAAUGGAUCCUGUUUCCCAACCCAAGUUGUGUGCACGGAAAACGGAACGGUCUAUUAGCGCAUGAUUAAUUAAGUUUUUACUACUUUUUUUAAAAAAUAGAUCAAUAUGAUUUUUAAGCAACUUUCAUAUAGAAACUUUUUUGCAAAAAACACACCGUUUAGUAGUUUGAAAAGCGUGCUCGCGGAAAAUAAAAUGGGAAAGUUGGGAACAAAGAGUUCCGAACACAAGCCGCUUACAGGUCAGAUGCUAUGCCAUUGAAACUGAUUGAGACCCAUAACAAUGCUUAAGAUCAGUACUAGUACAUGCAAAGCUGAACAUGAAAUGUACUAGAUCUGGUGCCACUAGGAAAAAAUAAAAAUGAUUAGUGUUCAAGAAUAACUUAGCCGCAUCAAAUCCCGGCCGGAUUCCAGGGCACAUCCGGUGCCGAGGCACGCAAGCGAAACACACGAAUUGGAAUUUCAGGAAAAAAAACACACGAAUUCUACCCAAAUCAAGUUCAUUUUUCUAAACAAUACAUACAAACUUCAAACAGAGCUUUAAUUGCGCGCAACGCAUCACUCUUGCCAACUGCCACGCCGGACAGUUGAAGCACACAUGCACAUAUCGCCGCACAUGCAUCGACGCCGACCUGCUGGUCCCGCCUCCGCUGGGCCCCGCUGGGCCCCACCUGCCAGCCAAAGGGGGGCCGUGACGUCAGCGUCUACCUAGCUCAUGGCCCCUCGUGCUGGUGUCAGAGACCCCCCCUGUACUUGCCAAGCAGAUAGGAGGAGCGAGGAGAGGAGCCCCCCUCGAAUCUUCUUCUUGCCUUGUGCUGUUAUCAUAGUACAGUGCUGUAGUAUUUGUUUAGUUUAGCGGGCGCCAUCAGCAACAGCGAAUCAUGGGAUGGAAAAUAACAAAAUGACAGUUCUAAGCAGCAGCAGCAGUAGCAGUUAUACUAGUCUAUUCAAGAUCCCCUUUUGGCUGGCAAUUUGGACAGUUCUUUCCAGUGGCAUUUUCCUUCUUCUUCUCGCUCUCUGCUCGCAGCUGGAGCUGGUGAAGCACUAGCUCAGCUGAUCGUUGCUGCUGCUUCUGCAGCAAAACGUCCUUUUCUUGCCUCCUCUUGAGUCUUGAUCUCCUAUGCCACAAGCUCCCAAAGAGGAACCCACAAGUUUGGGAGCUUCUUCUCCUUUCAGUUUUUUGCUCUUCCUCUCAAGGAGUUUUGUUCUUGCAUUUUGUCUCUUCACUCUUCAUCUCCUAGCUAGCUAGCUAGCUAGCUCUGCUCAUCUUGCCAGUUGCAAGGCUUAAUAGUAAGUUCUUUGAUGUAACGAGGAAGGAGUGUUGUUGUUGUUGGCGACAAGGUGUUGCCUUCACCAUUCCCUCCUCUCCCCACAAGGUCCAAAAGCCUAAACUUAGCAAAGGCGCCAUAAAGUAAUCAAAGCUGAAGAAAAAUAUUGGUGCUCCUUUCUCCUCCUCCUCCUCCAAGAUCCCUAGUUUUUCUUUCCCAUGGUCCAGGUUUUGCUCUGCCUGAUGCUAAUGGCAAUGUAAUGUAGCGGACAGCUGCAUCCCAUGCCAAGAAACUGGGGAAAGAACGGGUCUUUUUAAUCCAACCCCUGCACAUUGCUGCGGUUUCUUGGUCUGUUCUUGAUCCUUGAGCUCCUCUCGUGGCGGCAAUUGCAAUGUGGUGCCUGCAUUAGAGGCAGAGGCGGUUAGUGGAGAAGAAUAGGAGGAGUUGCUCAUCAGGAGGAAGAAGAAGAAAAGGAGCAAAAGGUGUCUCCUUGGUGUGCGUCUUGAGGGGAAAAAAAACAAGAUGGCCGGAGGCGAGGGCGGCGGGGCUGCCGCCGUCCCUGAGGAGGGGCGGUCAUUGGCGCUGACGCCGACGUGGUCGGUGGCCAUCGUGCUCACUCUCCUCGUCGCCGGCUCGCUGCUCAUCGAGCGCUCCAUUCAUCGCCUCAGCUAUUGGUUGAAGAAAACCCACCGAAAUCCACUCCACAAAGCAAUGGAGAAGAUGAAAGAAGAAAUGAUGUUGCUUGGUUUCAUAUCUCUGCUUCUGGCAGCUACAUCAAGAAUCAUCUCAGGUAUAUGCAUUGAUUCAAAGUACUACAACAGCAAUUUCUCCCCAUGCACCAGAGAAGAGGUUGAAGAAUCUAUAAAGAUUAAGCAUGCCGUAUCUAGUGCACGCAAGCACCUAAUUGAAGUCAUUCUGCACCAUGCGGCCAGGAGGAACCUUAAAGCUCGUUACCAUCAUAAUCAAAGUUGCGCUGAGGGAUAUGAGUCAUUUGUUUCACAUGAAGGUCUGGAGCAGCUGCACCGCUUUAUAUUUGUCAUGGCAGUAACCCAUGUGACAUACAGUUGCUUGACGAUGCUGCUUGCUAUACUCAAGAUCCAUUCUUGGAGAAAAUGGGAAGAUGAAGCAUUUAGGGAUAACCAUGAAUCAUUUUCUCAGAUUGCCUAUAUAUCAGCUACUAGAAGGCAACCAGCACUUGGCAGAUCUUAUUCAUUCCGCUCUUGGAGUGAAAAUAAUGCGAUCAAGUGUGUGUUUUGCUUUCUCGCACAAUUUGGUCAAUCUGUUGUUCGAGCAGAUUACCUUAUCCUCCGCAAGGGUUUCAUAAUGACCCACAAUCUUGCACCAACAUAUGAUUUCCAUGAUUACAUGGUACGCUCAAUGGAAGAGGAGUUUGAGAAGAUUGUUGGAGUGAGUGGGCUGCUGUGGGGUUUUGUUGUUGCUUUCAUGUUAUUCAAUAUCAACGGAUCGAACUUGUACUUUUGGAUAGCCAUUCUUCCUGUUACUCUUGUUCUUCUAGUUGGCGCAAAGCUGCAAUACGUCAUAGCAACUUUAACAGCAGAGGGUGCAAAGAUGAAUGCAUACGGACCAAGGAUAAAGCCACGGGAUGAUCUCUUUUGGUUCAAGAAACCAGAAUUUCUCCUGUGGCUGAUCCAUUUCAUUCUCUUUCAGAACUCAUUUGAAUUGGCUUCUUUCUUCUGGUUCUGGGGUUGUAUCAUUAUGCUGCAGUGGCAAUUUGGUUAUGAUUCAUGCUUCAUCAAGAACCACCUGAUAGUAUAUUGCCGCCUCAUAUUGGGGUUUGCCGGGCAGUUCCUGUGUAGUUACAGCACAUUGCCUGUUUAUGCCCUUGUCACUCAGAUGGGGUCAAAGUACAAGGCUGCCCUGAUCCCGCGAAGGAUCAGAGAGACGAUGCAUGGGUGGGGGAAAGACGCGAGGAGGAGGAGGAAGAAGCACCGCGGCGGCGACGACUCCACCAUCCGCACGGAGACCAGCACCGUCUGCUCCCUCGACGACGACGACGGCGACGACGAGCACGGCCAGUUCGUCGAGACCACGCCGUCGCGGCCGUACCUGAAGAUCCAGCUGCAGCCGCUCCGCAGCGGCGGUGGCAGCGCUAGGCCCGGCACGCCGUGCCACCCCGGCGUCGUCGGGCUCCCGCCGUUGCACAGCGUGUCGACGCAGGGCAGCUCGCACCCGAUGCUGCAGCGGCAGGCCUCGUCGCUGUCGGCGCCGUCGUCGCCGUCGCCCCGCGGCGGCGGCAUGACGAGGUCGAUGUCGAUGCCCGGGUUCGCCUCGCUGACGCGGACGCCCGGAGGCUCCUGCCCCGGCACCGGCGCCGGCACGCCGACACGCCUGAGCGACGCGCGUAACUGAAGCAAAGCACACACAUACACACACAUACAUAGCAGAGCUAUUUGUGAGAUAGAUGUAAUUUAACUUUAGGAAGGGAGUUCGAAUCGGAGGAAUUUUGGAGAAUUUUAGAGGAUUUCAACUAAAUCCUGUAAAAUUCGUUCCAAAGGAGUCCUGAGUGUAUUGGACUUUGUACAUGGAUCAACCAAUGGUAAUUGAAGCGUCAUUACUGGAGAACCUUCUUCCAGCUUUCGACAA